GCGAGGCCACAGGGGGCAGGCAUGGAGGGUCUGGUCCUCUUCAAUGCCCUGGUCACCCGGCUGCUUUUCCUUCUGCACUCGCUGGCCGGGGUCUGGCGAGUGACCGUGGUGAUGAAGGAGUCGCGGUACUGGUUGCUCGCAGUGCUCAACCUCUUGCUCGUCCUGGAGACUGCGCUCACCCUCAAGUUCAAGCGUGGCAGAGGCUACAAAUGGUUUUCACCAGCCAUAUUUUUAUAUCUGAUCAGCAUUGUUCCAUCACUGUGGCUCCUUGAAAUGCAUCGGAAGACCCAGGAUUGCGGUAUACAGUCUGAAAGAAUGUCACAGAAUACCAGCAGAAGAGAUGACUUCACACAGUCACUGACGUUCAGUGAAGAAACCAAAGGAGUGGAGGACAUCAUUGAGACAGCCAAAGUUUUUGUAAAUAACCUGUCUACCGUGUGUGAGAAGUACUGGACUCUGGGACUCCAUCAGACAUUCCUGCUGAUGCUAAUCAUUGGAAGAUGGCUUCUCCCCAUUGGGGGCACCAUCACUAGAGACCAACUCUCAGAACUCCUCCUCAUGUUUGUGGGGACAGCUGCUGACAUCCUGGAAUUCACCAGUGAGACUCUGGACUUGGAAAAUGUGAGGAAUAACACUGCACUAGUCUGUGCCAUCCUUGUGAUAUGGACAUGGAGCAUGCUGCAGUUUCCACUUGACCUGGCAGUGCAGCAGGUCGUGUGCCCCUCGUCUGUAGCAGCCCGGGGAUUCCCCAGCCUGUUCUUCUGCCAGUACAGCUCUGACCUGUGGAACAUCGGGAUCAGCGUCUUCAUCCAAGACGGCCCCUUCCUCACCCUGCGCCUCAUCCUGAUGACUCAUUUCAGCGUCAUCAAUCAGAUGCUCGUGUUCUUCGCCGUCAAGAAUCUCCUCGUGGUGCUGCUGCACCUGUACCGCUUGGUGGUCCUGGCGUCGGCUUUCCGAGCCUCCCGGCGACGGCAGUCAGAAGGCCUCAAAGCGGAGCACGGCUGCCCGUGCGGACCCCCUGAGAGUGGACGAGGCCCUGGCGAGCGGGCGUCGCGGGCGGGUCUGGCUCUGUCCUUGCGAGCCUCUCCAGCCACCUCUGACGCCUCCCAGCCCGCGCCAUAGUCAUUUAUUCCCCGCGGGACGCAGCUGAAAGGAGGAACUUUUCCCGCUCUUCGUACAGACUUUCUCUCUCUUUCUUCUUUCUUUCUCUUUCUUUCUUUCUUUC